CAAAAAUAAAAUUUCAAAUAUUUUUCCUUGUCCUUUGAAUUGCAUUUUCAAAAUUUUACUUUAUUUAAAUUCGUUGCAUUUUUCUCCCUCCACAUCCAUUUUAUUUGAGAAUGCCUCGGGAAUAUCUGCUUCGCCGCCUGUUUUAGUAGCCUCUGCCACCUCAGGGACAGCAACAGGAAGAGGCACCGAGCGCAUGGCGGCCGACUUGGUGCGCCACGCGCUAGCCUGCCACGCCUCAAACAAACCCAUUCGGCGGGAAGGAAUUCGCGAGCAAAUCAUUUCCGGCUCCAAUGUCCGCGCAAUGAAGUCAAUUUUCGACCGAGCCAACGAAAUGCUGGCCCAGGACUUUGGUCUGACCAUGAUUCCUUUACCCUCACACGAAAAAACCCUGAUGUACGGCGCCAACAGCAACGAUCCGGCCCAGGAAUCACAGCAUAUCGGUCCCGCAAAGACAUCGGCGCCCGUGAACAGGUGGGUUUUGCAGAGCGUGCUGCCUGAUUCGAUGCGCAGGGACUUGGAGCUCGAGCAAAGCGACAAUGAAAAGGCUAUAUUGGGAUUUGCCGCCACCGUGCUCAGCCUUAUUUUUGUCAGCAACAUGAGUGUGUCUAUGGAUCAGCUCAUCAUGUAUGUGCGCAAGCUGGGCCCACCUGAAUGCAUACGAACGACAGAAAGCACCAGGGAGAGUUUGGCUGCGGGGUCCUUGUCUGAUGCGCAGAUGGAGUCAACGGCGCGCGAGGCAGUCAACUAUUUGGUGCGCCAGGGAUACCUCGACAAGGUCGCUGCGUCGGCAGCUAGCGGCAGUCGGGGCGAGACACAGUCGACGCAGCUAGCGACACAGCAGGCGUCCAACGAUAUUGCAGAGUCCGACAUCGGCAUGGAAUACACGUGGGGCCCGCUGCCAAGACCAAGUUCCAGCCCAUUGAUAUGGCUCGCUUCAUCGCUGCAGUGACAGGCCAGGAGUGCACCAGUGAGUUUGUCAAGACCAUCGGCCGCGCAUACGGAAAGAGCAUCACCGACCAAGAAACACGCUGAGCGGACAGAGGGGUACUUUGCGCAAAAUGAUACUGU